GCACAUCAAUCGUAAAAUUUGACGUCAUGACUGUAGUAUCAAAUAAAUUUUGAUAUUAAUUUAAAUUUUUCCUCCGGGUCUUUAACGGAAGAGUAAAAGCCGGGGGAUCCCGCGGAUUUCUUCCCGCGGUCGAUCAUGCCUCCAACCCACCACCCCUUCAAUCUCAUCCCGAGAAUGGUGAAGACUCAACCCGACUCCACCGCUCUCAUCUUCGACCUCCUCAUCUCCACCUACGCCCGAUCUCAAAAUCCCGACCCCGCGGUCUUCUACCUCGGCCGCAUGCUCCGUCUCGGCCUCAACCCCAAGACCCCCACCUUCAACAACCUCCUCCACCUCCUCCUCGCCUCCCGCCGCUUCCCGGAGGCCCGCGUCCUCUUCCAACAAGCCCGAGGUCGGCUCCAGUUGGACAGCCACAGCUUCGGCAUCAUGAUCCGAGGCCUCUGCAAUGCUGGACAGCUCGGCGAGGCUUCGGAGCUGCUAGCCCAGUUCGACGAGAAUGGCGGGCCACCCAAUGUGGUCUUGCAUACUACUUUGAUCGAUGGAUUCUGUAAAAAUGGCGACUUGGACCAGGCAAAGAGGUUGUUUGCUAGAAUGAGAGAGAUUGGUUUGAUUCCGAAUGUGUUCACCUACACUACAAUGAUGAGCGGGCACUUCAGAAAGGGCCUUAGAAAUGAUGGGUUUCAGCUUUAUGAUGAGAUGAAACGAGAAGGUAUACCUCCCAAUCUUUACACAUAUAAUUCAUUGAUAUCUGAACGCUGCAAAGAUGGAAGCUUUAAUCUUGCAUUUAAUCUGCUUGAGGAAAUGCGUGAGAAUGGAGUUUCAUGUAAUAUCGUGACGUAUAAUGCAUUAAUUGGCGGGCUGUGUAAGCAGAAGAAACUGCGAGAUGCUGCGAAGUUGUUCGGGAGAAUUAGACGGGAUGGAUUGAGCCCGAGUUUGGUUACAUUUAAUAUACUUAUUGAUGGGUAUUGCAAAGCAGGGAAGAUAUCGAGUGCUUUGGAUGUAUUGGAUCAGAUGAAGGCACGCGGCUGUUCUCCGAGUAUUGUUACUUAUAAUGUACUCAUUGCUGGGUUUUCUCGGGCUGGAGAUUUAGUGGGGGCCGCCAAGGCUUACAGAGAAAUGAAGGAGAGGGGCUUAGCUCCUACUAAAGUAACUUAUACUAUUCUUGUCGAUGCUUUUGCCAGAAGGAAUGAUAUGGCGAGGGCAUUUGAGAUGUACCAGACCAUGGAAAGAGCUGGCUUGGAGGUUGAUGUUUACACCUACGGUGUUCUGAUUCGGGGGCUGUGUUCGGAAGGUAAUAUGAAGGAUGCAUGGAAGUUGUUCAAGUUGAUGAGGGAGAAGGCACUGAAGCCGAGCAACGUGAUCUAUGACAUGAUGAUUUAUGGUUAUUGUAGGGAAGGCAGCACAUACCGGGCUCUCAGGUUGCUUAGGGAAAUGAGGGAGAAUGGUUUGGUCCCUAAUUUUGCUAGCUACAGCACAAGCAUUCGUGUUCUGUGCAAUGAGGGGAAGUGGCAGGAAGCUGAGGUCCUGCUUAAUGAGAUGCUGAUAUCUGGACAUCAACCAAGUGAGUCCAUCUAUAAAGUACUGUCAGAUGCCAAGCUGAAUUGCCCAUAAACACUUCAUAAGGUUUCUGAUGAACAAGCAAGGGCAAUCCAUGUGCAGCUCAUAGAUUGACAGGACAGGCAAAAGGGAUUCAAGUGAAAGUUGGUUGCAACAUUGGCAGCAAUCAGUGUGAAUGACCAUCGAUCGCAGCAUUGUUAGGUAUUAGGUUGCGAGCCUUUGCUAGAGAAUGCAGAAUCAAGCCUUGUUAACUGAUUCAGGCUCUUUCCGGUCACAUGCUUCAGAAUGAAAUCUGAUGUCUACUUGCAUGCAAUUAAUCCAUUUUAAGAUGGCCAAUGAUACUUAAUUCUGUGAAAGAAAUUUGGAUGCCUUUCCAUGGGAUGGCUGUAGAAGAAUACCCAGUCAAAGUUAUGUAGAAGCUGCAUUUUGACAGACAACGGUUCAUCACAAGAUGAUAAAGGUUUCACACACAUUUCUGGAUUGCAUACGUCCAAUUGAUUCAAUCUCUUCUCAUCAUGCAAUCUGCUGUCUGUUCGAAUGUAAUCAAUCCAUUUUAAGAUAAAAAGUGAUAUAUUAACUGUUGGAAGACAAUAUGGUUACCUUUAUUCAGGAGCUGCAUUUUGACAGCGGUGUAUUGCAAAGAUAUCAUAUACAUUAGUAAACUGCAGAUGGUACCAUAUACAGGUCAUGGAGAGAAGGAUUGAAGUUGGUAAAUUAAGUGAAGCAGAGGUACUCAAGCUCUGCUGGCUUUUGAAUUCGAUAAUUUAGCUUGGUGGAUCUGGAGGUCUGACAAUGCCUGAACCAACCGGUGACUAAUGGAUGAUGCUCGAGUCUUUCUAAAUGCAGAAUGCGACUUUAAAGAAGGUCGAAGAGGUAGCAAAUAAACCAACUGUAGUGGUUUCAGUUGCUGUUGGAAACCAUACUGCAUCUUGAGAGAUUUGCAGUCACUGUCUUGCUUGCUUCAUGAAAAGCAAAAUUUGAUACCAAACUAUUUGGUUUUUCAUU